UCCAUGUAUUUGUGUUUACCACCUUGCAUUCUCUUCAAGAAAAUCUGUGAUGGAGAAAGACCCUGAUUACAGAGCAGCAGCACUCAUUGUUGGUGUCACUGGCAUGGUCGGCCUGACCUUGGCCGAAGCCUUAAAGAAGCCAACAGCCCCCGGUGGUCCAUGGAAGGUCUACGGCGCAGCUCGGCGUGCCUUGCCCACUUGGUUCCCCUCCGGCCUCCUCGACCAUUUCAUAGCCUUCGACGCCACCAACCGCGACGAAACACUCCAAAACCUCUCACCCAUAGCCUCCAAUGUCACCCACAUCUUCUGGGUAGCCCUCCAAAUCCGAGAAACCGAACAACUCAACAUAACCCUCAACUCCACCAUGCUCACCAAUGUUCUCGCCGCCAUAAACUCCGCUUCUGAUCCUCAACUCCGUCACAUAACCAUGCAAACCGGCACCAAACACUAUAUGGGUCCGAUUUUCGACCCAUCCCUUUCGACUCAACUCGUACCCCAUGAGCCCCCUUUUCGAGAGGAUUAUCCUCGGCUACCAUACCCUAACUUCUAUUAUGCCUUAGAAGACCUCCUAGCUACCUACUCGCACUCUUUCACCUACUCCAUACACCGCUCAUCAAUCAUCAUAGGCGCGUCUUCAAGAAGCUUGUAUAAUACGAUUCUUACUCUCUCUGUCUACGCAACAAUUUGCCGACGUGAGGGUUUACCUUGUCGGUACCCGGGUACGCUAUACACUUGGGAGCACUUCUGCGACAUGUCGGAUGCCCGUGUGCUUGCUGAGCAGCAAGUGUGGGCGGCCACGACCGACGGUGCAAAAAAUGAGGCGUACAACUGCACCAACGGCGACGUUUUCACAUGGAAGAGCUUUUGGAAGGUGCUCUGCAAGGUGUUUGAAGUCGAAUUUGUCCCCUUUGACGAGAAAGACAAGUUUGAUUUCACAGAGUUAAUGAGGGAUAAGGGAAGGGUUUGGGAUGAGAUAGUGGAAGAGCAUGGGCUAUAUAAGGCCAAAAUGGAGGACAUCACUUGUUUUGAAGCACUGCAAACUGUUUUACAUUUUGAGUUUCAACAUGUUAGUAGCAUGAACAAGAGUCGAGAAUUCGGUUUUUUUGGGUACGCCGAUACCCUUAAGAGUGUAAGGAUUUGGGUGGAGAGACUCAGACAAAUGAAAAUAAUACCAUGAAGACGAUGAGAUAGGAAGUCAAGUUCUUAAUUGGGCAAGUUUCAUGGUACUGUGUAUGGAUUGAAACCUAUAUUAUGAAUGUAAAGAGGCCAGAGGCCAUAAUAGUGUGUGUUUUUAAUUAGUAAUUUCCGAAAAAAAUAAUAAAUGUGUUUGUUUUGGUGUA